AUGAUGAACCGGGUUACGAGGAAUGAAGACGAUUUAAGGAGACGGAGGUGUGGCGGUGAAAAGAAGUUGAAGGGCAUGCUACAGUGGAAAUGGAAGCCAAGAUUUUGCGGCGAUAGGGGGCUGUGGUGGUUUGUGAAGGAAGAGGAAUGGGAGUUGGAUACAUUUCAAAUAGGGUUAAUCAUAACGGAAAAUGACCUAAAAGAUUCCGGAGCACGAUGUUUUGUUCCAAAUGUGUGCUCCGGAAUACGACAUUCUGAAGUAUUCAUGAUAUUGUUCCGUAGUGGUUGUCGGUUGGUGGGGAUAAGGUUUCGUUUGGAAGGGUUGAAGGUUGAAGAGGAUGCCUUAAACCUUGAGUUUAGGGGCUUAAAUAUGGAAGAAACCCUAAAAGAUCAUGAGCUUGGGUUGCAGCUGAUGCCACGUCGUGGCCUUCCAAUUGUCACGUCGUGGUGGCCAUCCGGAUAUAUGCAUUUUGCAUGGCAUGUUGUGGUUCUCCAUUCACCACGUCGUGGCACAAGGAUUUUCCCAAAAACCCUACCUUUGACCCCUCUAAGCCCUCAACCGAUCUAUUCUGUAAAACUAGUGUUACAUCGUUGCUUAUCUUGA